AUGAUUAGGCCUGGUCUUCUAAAUCGUCGUUAGAAUUUAUUCUAUAUAUCUGCUACAACGAGUAACUCGGGAAACUAGCGGUCGCAAUUUUACUGGGUGAAAAAAACUGAACUGCAAGUCCCACAAUCCCUCAGUUCGCAAAAAGACAAGAGCUGCGAAAAAAGGCAGCGGUUUCCAUUCAUUAGGGCGUCAAGAGAGCGUGGGAAAAAACACUACAGCGUUAUGCCAUUAUAAAUGGAUGUGCGACCUUAAGGAACAAGAUUUUAAACAUGGCGAAAGAUCAAGAAGUCGAGCGCAUCGCUAAAAAGCUGGACAAAAUGGUGCACAAAAACAACACGGAUGGCGCUAUGGACCUUUUAAGGGAACUGAAGAACAUGAAGAUGUCACUAGAGACCCUGCAGUCCACCCGGAUUGGGAUGUCUGUGAAUGCUGUGAGGAAGCAGAGUUCAGACGAGGAGGUACAGACUCUGGCCAAGUCUCUCAUCAAGACCUGGAAGAAACUACUUGAUGGUUCUGAGGGUAAGUCAGAGGAGAAGAAAAAGGGAAUACCACCCCUUCAGUCAUCUUCAUCGAAAGACAGUCCUGGAUCCAGUGACUUCAGUAAGAAACCAGAGACGCCAAAGACUCCCACCACCCCUACGACUCCCACAACCCCUAAGAUGACCUCGUUUCCCCCUCCUCCAGUAACCACUGACAGUGUACGCAAUAAAUGCAGAGAGCUGCUUGUCUCAGCCCUGCAGGUGGACGAUGACUUCAAAACAAUUGGAGCAGAUUGUGAAGCUUUGGCAGCAGAGAUUGAAGAUUGCAUCUACAAAGAAUUUAAAUCCACUGACAUAAAGUAUAAGACUCGGUUGAGGAGCCGCAUCUCCAACCUGAAAGACCAGAAGAAUCCUGACCUGCGCCGCAAUGUGCUUUGUGGCACCAUAAGCCCUGAACGCAUUGCCACCAUGACUGCAGAGGAGAUGGCAAGUGCCGAGCUGAAAGAGAUGAGGAAGGCGCUAACUAAAGAGUCCAUCCGGGAGCACCAGCUCUCUAAAGUAGGCGGCACUGAGACUGAUAUGUUUGUUUGUGGAAAGUGCAAGGGCAAGAGUUGCACCUACACGCAGGUUCAGACUCGCAGUGCUGAUGAACCCAUGACCACAUUUGUGAUGUGCAACCAAUGUGGCAACCGGUGGAAGUUUUGUUAAGAAGCAACAGGAUUCUUCAUGUAAUCAAGUGACAGAUUAACAUUGUGAGAAGGUACUUUUGUUACUUUUUUUUCCUUCGGAUGAAAUGUCAUUUUUAUACUCAUUUCAUAGCUUUGUAAUAUAUUGUGUAUGCAUAUUGCUAUAUGCAAAAAGGCGUUUGAUGUAAAUUUUAUUUUAUAGCAUUUUUUUUGUACUGGGAGUAUGUUCAUUACCUUUAAGCGCUCGAGUUAACUGGACUUUGUAAGUCAGCAUUAGCUCAUUUGAUACUGCUUUUGCCCCCGAUGAAGCACUCUGUGCCUUUUUGUGCUUUCAAUGCCGAGAUUGUCAUGCUUAAAGAUUUGUACAAAUUCUUUUGCACAUCAGUAAGAUUUGUGGAAGUGUGUUGUGGAUAUGCAUAUGCAGAUUAUGCAUUUGGUAACAUUAUUUUACACUUUAUUUGGAUAGUCAUUUGUAGAUGCUUAAUGAAUUUUCAGUGAUCAUUUAACGAAUGAACAGUUUAAAGUAUAGCUUGAAAUGUAUUUGGUCAACUGAGAAAUAACUGAUUAGUCCAUCAGUGUCAUAGAUCAUCUAUAGGAGACCUUCUAGAUAAACUAGUACUUUGUUUUCUUCUGCAGCUGGAUAAUGUGUGAAAGGUGGAUCUGAUUGAUAACAUUUGACAUGUAUGAUACAUUUGUAGACCAGUGGGUCUCAAUAAAUUUGGAGAAAGAUAUGCAGAGAUUUUUUUUGGGAUUGGAUGGCAUGAGUAUCUGGUGAUUGUCCAGAACUGAUUAAUAGUUAAGCAUUUUAAACAUUAACGUAUCACAGACUUUAGUACUAAGCAGACAGGCAAGAACUCAUUGAACCUGACAUAACUUCAGUGUCCUAUAAGCAAAUCUUGCUGUUGUAUACAUGCAUCCAGAUUUCUGUGAAGCUGCUCUGUGAUUGUCUAUUAUUAAGCUUGCUACAAAUAAAAUUGAAUACAAAAGUGAUGAAAAGACCAGCACAGCCAUGAGGUUUCUGAAAGUGGUGCCUUAAAAAUCUAGUACGGCUUUGUCCCUGUAUUUUCAGUAUUGCCACUAGAGGGUAGUGAGUAGGUCACAUUCUCAAGUUGCUGAUUGUCUCUCACUUCAGUUAUGUAACUGAUAAGGGUUUUCCACACACACGCGUGCACUCACACACACACAAAAGUUCACACACAGCAAAUUAAAUGAACUCAAAAAGGACAUUAGCUAUCAAUGAUUUCCUAGAAUAGCAACAAUUCUUGGCAAAUCCAUCUAGGACAUAAACACUCUAAAUCUAGAUUUCAUCAGUGUUUGUCUUGAAUGUUUAGAUGGACUUCUGUGUCAUUUACUGAACACCCAGUACGAUUGGCAUCCGAUCUGUGUGACACUCCAUAAUUGUGAAUUUAAUUUCUAUUUUAUUUUUUUUUUAGACCUACUCCAAUAAAACAUACGUAACAUUUGUG